GAACAGCCGUGCUGAGCGCAGUUUGUUUUGAUACAGUGUUUUAGGACGCGGCGUGCAGUGUUUCGUUUCUAUUUCAGCCGGCCGGUACAUUAAUUAGUGUUGUUUUACUACAGUUUUAAUUCGUCUAUUGCUUCGCAUACUGGUCACGAUGGCACCGCAAGAUGAUAAUCAAGCCCAGGAAAAACCUGUCCUCAAGGGUGCGAUUACCAUUUCGCAAAUAAACGGGGACGAAAUAACCUUCCUUGCCAAUCGGUUCUGGGCGCCAGAUACAGCAAACGCUCACGAAGCAUUUAAUUCGCAAAUCAUCGAAGACAUCUACCGGAAGGAAAUAUGCGAUUCGCGUCAUUCGCUGCGCCGGAUCAUGAUGCUGGAGUUCAGCCAGUAUCUGGAGAACUACCUGUGGCCCAACUUUGACGGUGAACGUGCGACUCGUGCUCAUCUGAUGUCGAUAGUGGCAAUGGUGAAUGAAAAGUUUCGCGAAAAGGUGGAAGUGUGGAAAGUGUUUGAAAAGAGCAGUGAGCUGUUUGCGAAAUUCUUCCAGCGCGUGCUGGAGGCGUGCAUCGAAGACCGCCCCGUAACGCCGGCGGUUAUGCGUGAGCAGACGGCAUUGCUCGUCUUUUUGAACCAUUGCUUCAACAGCAUGGAGGUGGAAAUCUGCCGCGACCAGGCAAAGCGGCUCGUUUCGCUCGCCAUGUGGUCCUGUCUGCAGCCGAAAAGGCGCGAACAGGAACUGACCCAGAUACCGCAGUGGCGCAAGUUCUGGAAGAAGCUACAGAAACGCGAAGAUUCGGAGCAGAAGGAGAAGCUCAGCUGGGAGCGGCACUUUUUGCAAAACCUCAUGAUCAAGUUUAUACGCAUUCUCGAUACCAUUCCGGAAGCUGGGCCAGUGUGUGACGAAACGGUGCGUUACUGUGAGAGGUUUGUAGAGUUUCUGAUCGACCUGGAGGCGCUGCUGCCGACGAGACGAUUUUUCAACACCGUCAUGGACGACUGUCACGUCGUCGUGCGGUGUUCGCUGUCCUCGUUGGUCCGCCGUGAGGAAGGAAAUCUGUUUGCUCAGCUGCUGGAUAUGCUCAAGUUCUACGCUCGCUUUGAGAUAAACGAUGAAACGGGCGAUCCCCUGACCGACCACGACAUGACGCAGCUGCACUAUGCGAAGAUUAAAUCGCUGCAGAAGGCGGCGUUUGCGAAAUUCCCCAACCUGCGCCUGUUCGCCCUGUCCAACGUGGCGAACGUGGAUACGCGCGAGUCGCUCGAGAAGCACUUCGGGGCGCUGGACUGCGACAGCCUGCGGGAAAUCGCCUGCUAUCUGAAUCUGGUCCCGGAAAAGCUGGAGCCACCGUUCGAGUGGCACCGGGCGGACGAGACGUUCCUGCGGGAGCUGCUGAUAUCGCGGCACGAGCGACGCGUGUCGCAGCUAGAAUCGCUGAACGAGAUGCCACUCUACCCGACCGAGGACAUCAUCUGGAACGAGAACGUCGUGCCGACGGAGUUUUACUCCGGGGAGGGAUGCUUGGCAUUGCCGAAGCUGAAUCUGCAGUUCCUGACGCUGCACGAUUAUCUGUUGCGGAACUUUAAUCUCUUCCGGCUGGAGUCUACAUAUGAAAUUCGUCAGGACAUCGAGGACGCCGUCAGCCGAAUGUUGCCCUGGAAGUCGGAGGAAGGGGACGUGGUGUUUGGUGGCUGGGCCCGUAUGGCACUGCCAAUCCAGUCGUUCGCUGUGGUCGAAGUCUCCAAGCCACACAUCGGCGAAAAGAAGCCGUCGCGCGUGCGGGCCGACGUCAGCGUCACGCUGAACGUGCGCAAGGAGGUGCAGGAAGAGUGGGAAAAUCUGCGCAAACACGACGUGUGCUUUCUCGUGACCGUGCGCCCAACGCAACCGAUCGGCACCAAGUACGACUACCGCGAGCACUUUGUGCCGCAGGUAGGGCUGGUGCACGUGCGGGGCUGCGAAAUCGAGGGCAUGCUGGACGCGAACGGGCGCGUCAUCGAGGAGGGCAUCGAGCAGCGGCCGCAGCUGACCGGCGAGCAGCGAACGUUCCGCGUCUGGCUCGACUCGAACCAGUACCGGCUGGACAUGGACGCGACGCUACACGCGACGCCCGGGGACGACGCCGACGACGGCAGGGAGGACGUGUACGAGGGCUUCAACAUCAUCAUGCGCCGCAAGCCGAAGGAAAACAACUUCAAGGCAGUGCUGGAAACGAUCCGCCAUCUGAUGAACACGGAGUGUGUGGUGCCGCCGUGGCUGCACGAUAUACUGCUCGGGUACGGUGACCCAGGGGCGGCCCACUACAGCCGCAUGCCGGACCAGGCGCGCGUGCUCGAUUUCAACGACACGUUUUUGGACUUUGAGCACGUGAGCAACAGCUUCCCGGGGUACGAGAUUGUGAGUGCAGCGGAGCGUCCGCACGGGUUGAAUCUGUUGCCACCGUUCCGGCUAACGUUCGAAGAUGUGCCGAAGGGCGACGGGGCGGAAGAGGGCGCGGAACAGCGGGAGGAGCUGCCGAAGCGCAUCCUGGUCGAACCGUACCGCAUCCCGUGCCGCGGUCCGUACAAGUACAACGAGCCGAAGAAGAACGUGAUCCGCUUCACGCCGACGCAGAUCGAAGCGAUCCGGGCGGGAAUGCAGCCGGGCUUGACGCUGGUGGUCGGUCCGCCCGGCACGGGCAAAACGGACGUCGCGGUGCAGAUCAUCUCCAACCUGUACCACAACCACCCGCAGCAGCGCACGCUGAUAGUGACGCACUCGAAUCAGGCGCUGAAUCAGCUGUUCGAGAAAAUCAUGGCCCUGGACAUUGACGAGCGCCAUCUGCUGCGCCUCGGCCACGGCGAGGAGUCGCUCGAGACGGAGAAGGACUACAGCCGGUACGGGCGGGUGAACUACGUGCUGUCGAAGCGCAUCGACCUGCUCGGGCAGGUGCAGCGGUUGCAGGAAUCGCUCGGCGUUAGCGGCGACGUGGCGUACACGUGCGAGACGGCGGGCCACUUCUACCUGUACCAUGUGGUGGCCCGCUGGGAGAAGUUCCUGAGCGAGUUCGAGCGGAACGGCGAGGGGCAGACGGAGGGCAGCGAUGAUCCAGCGCGCGAACAGUUCGAGGCACAGUUUCCGUUCGCGCGCUUCUUCAGGGACGCACCGCAGCCGCUGUUCGGUGGGGCGACGUACGCGGAGAACAUGGACAUUGCGCGCAGCUGCUUCCGGUACGUGUCGCACAUGUUCGCCGAGCUGGAGGAGUUCCGCGCGUUCGAGCUGCUGCGCAGCGGGCUGGAUCGGUCCAAGUAUCUGCUGGUGAAGGAGGCGAAGAUCAUCGCGAUGACGUGUACGCACGCGGCGCUCAAGCGCAAGGAGCUGGUCACGAUGGGCUUCAAGUACGACAACAUCCUGAUGGAGGAGGCCGCCCAGAUACUGGAGAUCGAAACGUUCAUCCCGCUGCUGCUGCAGAACCCGAUGGACGGGUACAAUCGGCUGAAGCGCUGGAUCAUGAUCGGAGAUCACCACCAGCUGCCGCCCGUCAUCAAGAACAUGGCGUUCCAGAAGUACUCCAACAUGGAGCAGUCGCUGUUCACGCGGCUGGUGCGGCUGGGCGUGCCGACGAUCGAUCUGGACGGGCAGGGCCGUGCCCGGUCCAGCAUCUGCGAGCUGUACAAGUGGCGCUACAGCCGGCUGGGCGAUCUGGAGCACGUGCACCGGUGGCCGGAGUACUGUCGCGCCAACGCCGGCUUUGCGCACGAGUACCAGCUGAUCAACGUGGAGGACUUUAACGGCGUGGGCGAAUCGGAACCGAAUCCGUACUUCUACCAGAAUCUGGCCGAGGCCGAGUACGUGGUGGCCGUGUUCAUGUACAUGCGGCUGCUCGGCUAUCCGGCGGAGAAGAUUUCCAUCCUCACCACGUACAACGGGCAGAAGCAUUUGAUACGGGACGUGAUUGAGUCGCGCUGCGCCAACAACCCGAUGUUUGGCAAACCGCACAAAGUGACCACGGUGGACAAGUACCAGGGCCAGCAGAACGAUUACAUACUGCUGUCGCUGGUGCGCACGAAAACCAUCGGUCACAUUCGGGACGUGCGGCGUCUGGUGGUGGCCAUGAGCCGUGCCCGCCUGGGGCUGUACAUUUUCGGCCGGGUGGCGCUGUUUAAGAAUUGCGUUGAGUUGCGACCAGCCUUCCGGCUGCUCAUGAACCGUCCGCUCGAGCUGCAGCUUCAUCCGGAGGAAAAGUAUGGAGGAGGCGAACGUCAACUGCAGGAUGGUGGAAGUGGUAGUGCGGGCGAAGAAGGACUGUCCACCAGGACGGUGAAGGACAUGACGCAGAUGGCACAGUUUGUGUACCAGAUGUACAUGCAGCAGGUGAACGUCAUCCGCGAGGAAAUGGAAAAAAUGAAAACUCUGUUCGAGAAGCAGCGCCAGGAGCAGCAGCAGGAAAAGAUGGAAGAACAGAUCAAGAUCGCCGAUGCGGAGGCCGAGGAAGCGGAAAAGCAACGCCAGGCGGAAGCGGCUGCUAAGAAGGACUUUGCACCGACGCCGAUACGCAACGAAAUAGCCGAUUUGGGAGAACCGAUGGAAGUUGCGGAAAAGCCACGCCGUGGUAAGAAACGGGUAGCGGCUGAGGAAGCUGUUGUUCCGCCACCGGCGGCCCAAGUAGGUGAAAAGGACGGCGAGGAGGAAAAGGCCGAGGAGAAGACAGAGGAGGAUACAAAAGCCGAUGAACCGGAAAUCGAGGAAAAGGAAGAAGCAGAUAAUUGAAAGGACAAGAAAGCAGGAGAAACGAAGGCUCUACUGCUCAUUGUAGUUAAUAAAUUCAUCUGAAAAAUAAAUUAAGCUCAAAGAUACAAUGAAA